AAUUUAUUUCGCAUGCAAGACCAUAACUCGAGAGAUAAUAGCAGAAAUACAGAUGAAAUUUGUGAGAAAGAGGAGUUUUCAACUGAAAAAGACCAAAGAAGAACUCCUCAGACAGUGAAAAAUAGAUUAGAAGAAUCAGAGCAUAGAAGAAAUGGCACCACAUGUCUAAACAGUCAGAGCGAGAGAAAACGAGGCUCUUUAAUGUCCACCAAUAAAAGUACCCCAGAUCUGAAGCUAAGCACCCAACUAUCUACCAGUAAGGAGGACCACAGAACCAGCGAUCUCUUUAGUGGAGCAGAACAAUCCAAAACAUUUAUAUCAAUUUCAGAACACCAGCUACAAAUGUCAGCAAUGGAAGAGCGAAUUUCUAAAUUAGAAAACUUAGUCUGGGCACUAUACAAAGAACUCAACGGGAAGAUUGACUCUUCAGCAGCUAGCACACAAAUUCAGAUAGAAGAGCUUACUGGCCAGAUGGCCCAGUCCAAUCAAGCCAGGAGAUCAGAAGAUGGCUACCAAGGCAGUGAAGAAGAAAACACAAAUAUUCAUAAUGGAAUCUCUCCAGAAGGGCAAGGCGAAGAUGAGUAUUACCAAAGCAGCCUGUGUAAGGUAGAAGAAGAGGCAAGCAGCCAGGACUACAGCCAAGAAGGAGGAGAUGAAUUCUCAAGAAAUUCUAUUGAUAGAAGUGACCCUAAUGUUGCUGGUGCAAAAGAGAGUCCUCCUUAUGAUUACCAGUCAGAACUUAUGAACAUAAAAGAAGUUUCAAGGGAAGAUAGUUACCAAAAUCAACAUUCUUAUGAUAGCAACCCUGAGUUUUAUGGAGAUCAGCAAAUAUUGUCAAAGCAAUCAGACACCCCUGAAAAUAGCGAUGGAGAAGGAGAGGGCGAGGGCGAUAAUGGUGACCUUGAAUACUAUUUUAGCUGUCACGAAAGAAUUAUUCAUGAUACAUAUUCAGGCCAGUCUGGUAGCAAUGCAAGCUCAGAUAUUUUUAAAAAUGUUAAUAAAGAUGAAUUUAUCGAGAAUAAUACAGCUCCUAAUCUUAGUAGAUCUACUCUUCAAGAUCAAAUAGAUUACGAUCUGAUCAACUUAAAGAUCAAUGAAAGCUCUGUAGAGUCAGCUCUUCUUCAAAAGAAUGUAUCUAAGGCAACUCUUUACGAAAAUAAAAAUACAUGAGCCGAUGUUAAGCCCAAACUUAUGGAAUUUCUUAACACCGAAAAGAUAGCUUCAAAAAUGCAAAUACCAAAAAUGCUAAGAGACAAUACUUUUUGGAAAGAAGAGUCUAAGCAAGUUCGUGAUAAGGCUCUUACUAAUAAUAAAGCUUGCGCAUACGACUACAAGCAAGGCUCUUCUGGAGGGAAAAGCGAUGAGGAAUGCCCUUCAAAUCAUCAUGCUACAAUUCAAAAUUCAUCUAUCAAACCAACGAUGUUUUUGGAAGAAGUUUUCCCAGAAAGACAUAUAAGGAACAGAAGCUAUAUCCCUAUGAGAAGAGGAGACCAAUGCUAAAUGCCAAAGUUUA